AUGGUCAAGGCAGCUGCCCCGGCUCCCGCCGCGCCCACGGGGCCCGGCAUCUACAGCGCAACCUACAGUGGUAUCCCAGUGUACGAGUUCCAGUUUGGCGGUGACAUGAAGGAGCAUGUCAUGCGGAGGAGGCAGGACAACUGGAUCAACGCGACACACAUCCUCAAAGCCGCCGGCUUCGACAAGCCCGCCCGAACACGCAUCCUCGAGCGCGAGGUCCAGAAGGACACCCACGAGAAGAUCCAGGGCGGCUACGGAAAGUACCAGGGCACCUGGAUCCCCUUGCCCGCCGGCGAGGCUCUCGCCCGCCGCAACAACUGCUACGAGAAGAUCCGCCCCAUCUUCGAGUUCGUCCCCGGCAACCAGAGCCCGCCCCCGGCCCCGCGCCAUGCCAGCAAGCCCAAGGCCCCGAGGGCGAAGCCCGCCGUGCCCAAAUGGGCCCCCGCCGCCGCUCCCGCCGCCCCCGAGCCGCAGGAGUACGACAACGCCAGCCAGCAGAUGAACGAGGACGACACCCCGGACAACCUCACCGUGGCCUCGGCCUCGUACAUGGCCGAGGAUGACCGCCACGACAUGUCGCACUACUCGACCGGCCACCGCAAGCGCAAGCGCGAGGAGCAGAUCCAGGACCUGACCGAGCAGCAGCACGCCAUCUACGGCGAUGAGCUGCUCGACUACUUCCUCCUCUCUAGGCAAGAGGGCCCCACCAUGCGCCCCGAGCCGCCGCCCAACUUCCAGCCCGACUACUUCAUCGACACGGACCGGAACACGUCGCUGCAUUGGGCCAGCGCCAUGGGCGACGUGGACGUCAUGAAGCAGCUGCGCCGCUUCAACGCCAGUCUCAACUGUCAGAAUAUCCGCGGCGAGACACCCUUCAUGCGCGCCGUCUACUUCACAAACUGCUACGAGAAGCAGACCUUCCCCGCCGUCUUGAAGGAGCUCUUUGACACGGUCGAUGUGACCGACGAUGCUGGCUGCACCGUUCUGCACCAUGCUGUCAUGAUGAAGAGUGGCCGCGUCGUGAGCCACUCGUGCUCACGCUACUAUCUCGACAACAUCCUGAACCGACUGCAAGAACAACGAGACCCCAACUUUGUCCAGGCUUUCAUAGACUGCCAAGAUAGCAAAGGGAACACGGCCCUGCACUUGGCCGCUCAGAGCAAUGCCCGCAAGUGCGUGCGGGCCCUCCUCGGUCGCGGUGCGUCGACGAAUAUCCCCAACGUAGAGGGUACCUGCGCCGAGGAGCUGAUCCAGCAACUUAACGCCUCCAAAGGUCCCAAGGAGAGGGCGCCCCAGCGCUCUUCCUCUCCCUUUGCCCCCGAGUCCCAACGCCACGUCUCCUUCCGUGAUGCCCUCAACGAGUCGGUGACAAAACUCGCUGUCACCUACAAUUCAGGUGCCGCCAAUACGGUGCAGAACAAGAUCACCCCCCUAGUGCUCGGAAAGUUCCAGGACCUCGCUCGCUCGUACGACGAGCAGUGGAAGGAGAAGAACGACGCCGAGGUUGAGGCGCGCCGCAUUCUAGGCAACACACAGAACGAUCUGGCUGUAGUGCGGAGUCAGAUCGCCUCCCUCGAACGCCAGCUCGAGAGCGAGCAAGUCGCUGCGAAAGCUGUCGGCGACGCAACCAUGGCGCAGCAUCAGGUGCUAGACCUAGUCGCGAGGCAGAACAGGCACCACGUCCAUGCGGCCGUGGAGCAACAGCUCGCCAUGUUAAACGGUAGCCCGGAUGCCGGCGAUGACUCGGCCGAGGCACGGACACAGCUGGGAGAUGAGUUGCGGGCACUUGUUGCCGAACAAAAACGUGUCGAGCAAGAGUACGUCGACGCCCUCGGCAUGUCGGGUACGAGCGAGAAGAUCGACAAGUACAGGAGGUUAUUGAAGCAGUGUCUCGACCACACCGAUGCCGAGAGUCUCGAUGCCAACCUGGAUGAUCUCAUUGAGAUGAUGGAGGACCAAAGGAGCGAGGAUGCCGUAGUAGCGCCAACUGGAGACGCUAUGAUGAUAUGCUGA